AGCAAAGACGCGCGCCAACGGGGAAACAGGGCGACCGUCUGUUUGGAAUUUAGUCAUGUGCUCGACGUUGUGGGACGAUGUGGAGUAUCGCUUACGUUUCUGCCAUCCUCUGGAGUGUGUGCAACGCGCUAGGACCAUCCUGCUGCAAACACGCGACUGGAUCUUGUAAGCUCGCUUGCGACGGGGUGUCGCUGCUCGCAAUAGCAACUGACCACGAAGAGCGCUUCAGAUUCGUCAACCUCAUCGCUGACCAGUGCCCCGACGAUCUGGUUGAAUUCUGGUCUUGUAUCAACGAUACCCUGAAUGAUAUCAACCGUGGAGAUGGCUGGUAUGGUCGGCCCUGUUGUCACAAACCCAAGCUGAGGAAAUGUCAGCUGGCAUGCAUACGAGCACAGUCGAACGAUGACCUCCAACCAGCAUGCAGGCAGAGCGACGAGAUUGAAUUCCACGCUUGUCUGGAGAAACAAGAGCUUGGCGAGAAAUGCUGCAACCAUGCGCAGACUCCACAGUGUUACGUGGCCUGCAAGAACGUUUUCAUCGGGGUCGGCAAGGGCAGAGCUGGAGGUCGUCAAGUUCGCGCUGCUGUGGACUCCUCGUGUUCCCAGCACAGUCCAGCAGUACUCCAGUGCGUCCGGAACAUCACGCACGCAAGGCGUUCAGAAAACGCGCAUCAGAAGAUCCACUGCUGCGAGCACGCCCCUACCGACAAGUGUCGCACCACUUGUCUCGAUGUCCUCAGGAAAGUGGAAAUAGAACAAGACAUGAUGGACGCGCUCCUAGAAGGAGGCUGUGGCGAGCCAACGCUGCACGAUAGGCUAUGGCAGUGUUUCCUCUACAGCGCCAAGCAAAAGGCGCCAGAGACGAGAAAGACUCUUCUUCCUGUUGAUGGUGCAAAGAUUCAGUGCUGCUUGCGGGCCACGACUGUCGACUGCCAAAGACUUUGUCUCAAGACAUUUGGAUCCGAGUGGGGAUCUUACUGGGAGAGUUUCCACACCAAAUGCCAGUACCACCCAGCCGAGGUAGACAUGCAGAACUGUCUGGUGGAAGUGGACGAACCGUGCGAGCUGGGCUGCAGAGGUCUGUCGUACUGCACACACUUCAACAAUCGGCCGGCGGAGCUAUUUCACAGCUGCACCAAGCGUGCAGACCGAGCAGCCGAGAACGACAUCCGGUUAUGGUCCAGAGGCCUCAUCCGGCUGCCCACAAUGGACAUCCCUGUCCACAACGUGUCCGUUUGCCGUCCGGAGGAAUGGAAAGCAGUUGCCUGCGCACUUCAGAUCAAACCUUGCCAUCGGCACGACCACGUCAGCGCCAUCUGCAAGCAAGACUGUGUAGACAUACUCAACCGUUGCGUCGACCGUAGCAGGCUUGGAGACAACCAGACGCCGUACACGUUGUGCGAGUCGUUGGCGCCUCCAGGGGACGACACGCCCUGUAUCUCAAUCAAGCCUUACAUGAAAGAAAGCGACCUAGGAGGGAGUCGCUUCGAGGUCACCCAUCCUUGCAAGCAACAUACCUGCAACGCGACAAGCGUCUGCAUUCUCGAUAGGAAAUGUACCGACGGUUACCCCUGCAGCAAGUACAGAUGCGUUCCAGGGUGCCCAGUGGGGGAGCGUUCGAAGACGGUGGUUCCCGUCGGAACCUUCGUCCGGAUUCCGACUCUGUCUCACGAUUCCAAGUGUUACGCUGUGUGCCGCUGUUCAAGUUCCGGUUCACUCGAGGACUGCACCUCACAACAGUGCACGGGAAGUGAUGAACCUUGCUGGAUAGCUGGGAGAAAGUAUGCGCACAACACAAGGUUCCCCAUCGACUGCAGCGACUGUUUCUGCGAUUCCGGGAAAGUAACUUGCACUGGCGGCCCAUGUUCCUUAGAAUACAGUGCCAAUGGAGUCUUGCCCGCCGGUCUUCCUUGCAAAUGUCCAAAGGAAUACUACGCAGUGUGCGGUUCCAACGGCAAAACGUACCCCAACGUGUGUCUUGCAAGGUGUGCAGGACUGACAGCCGCUCAUUACAGCAUAGGUGCCUGCUUCUACACUGAUCCUUGUGCGGAUGAUCCUUGCCCACAUAAUCAAAGGUGCGUCCCGGUAAGAAAGAUCUGCCUGGUACAUAAUGAUGACAGCUGCAAACAAUAUCGUUGUGUGAACACUGAUGUGGACUGUCUUCAAGAGCCUCGUGAAACGGUCUGCGACACUGAGCAGGAAGAACACUAUAACCUGUGCGCGAUGUUGAAAGAAGGGAAGUCACUGGCGUACACUGGGAGUUGCGAGUCUCACUGCCGGCAACUCGGUGAAGUCUGUGGAAUCGACGGCGAGACCUACACAAGCGCCUGUGCGGCCAAGGCUCAACGAGUUCUCGUCGACUACCAUGGUCCUUGCAUGACCGUGUCCGUACAAGAGGCGUCAGAUGGAAAACCGAGAAAAGGCAGCUGCAGCGAUGUCCGGUGUCCUGCGCUGCCUUCAAAAGCAUGCGUCCACACGACACUCAUGGGCGUCUGCUGUCCUAUCUGUGGAACUGCUUUACAAGUUGGCUACAAUGAGAAGCUGGCCACCUAUGCUAUAGCAGCUGCGAAGACAGAGAGUCCCAUGAUGCUCCGGGAAAUCCUCAACCGUCUCCGGGAGCGAAUCUACACUUCGGAAUGUGAUCUGUUCGGCUACCUCGACCUCAAAUCCAACAUCAUCGUCCUUGUUGUGCCGGUCACCAAGUAUCCAACACGUCUGCAGGUGUCCGCCUGUCAGAAGGAAGCCCAGAAGCUCGACUCACUGAUCAGAGCACGAAGCCCAAGACUUCUUAGCGUUCUUUCGCUGUCGGUCUUUACGACAGCUGUCGAACUCAACGAUGUCAAUGCUCAGGGCAGUGGACGAACUCUUUCUAGUGGGGGUAGCUAUACCGGUGCGUUUGUUAUACCAAUUGUCAUGGCGCUACUGAACACAUUAUGACGCUGCCCUGGUCAAGUAUGAGAGUGCUAGAUAACCAAAGAGAGGUGCAAUGUACAAUGCCUGUACAGAAAGUUGGAACCAAGGAAAAAAUCCGGUGACAAGUGACCACGCAACCAAUGGGCAGGCACAGUAUGGGCGCAGCCUGGUACUGUGGGAUUGUGCUCAGAACGACUCGAAUAGCUACAUCCACGAUCGGUGUCUCACAGCAGAGAACGUUGAUGUUGAAACCCGUUGUCCACAAAGCGACGAUUCGCCUUGAUGCUUCACACGUGGCUGUGUUGGCUUGGCAUGAACUACAGACCUACGAACAGCGCUUAUCUAGUGUCACUGCAUUUGCACUAACGUGUCAGCGUGCGAUCGGCAUUGCGCUUACAUGUAUUUGGAAGCAGUCGGUUGUCUCGACCAUGUUAGUCGUGAAUCGAUCAAUAUCCGUAGAGUCGACUCAAACACGAAGUCGAUUUUAUCCGAAGCACGCGAUCGCACAGGAGAUCUAGCGACCAGGUUAUGUACGUUUCCACGCUUUCUACACCCACGAAAACCACAAUGCUAUGUCGCCGUUAUCACCCGACAGUGCAGACACAAGACAAAAAGCAGAGUCCGCGCGUAAUGUUCUCCAAUGCGCAUGUCACCGGCCUGCAUGAGACAGAGCCAUGGUGCGUUUGUCUACUCGCUGUCCCCAUACUUUUCGAAAUUUUUUUUUCUAAUAUUCUUCCAAUAAUAAUAAUUAUUAUUAUUAUUAUAAUAAUAAUAACAAGUUUAUAUGCCGUGGACCAAAAAAAAAAGUCUCUAGUUUAUGGCUCUCCGCAAACCCGAAGGUUUGUGACGCAAGUGCGAAGGCUAACUGCUUACAGUCGUUCUGCCGCCAUAGGCCAUGGCUCAACCGCAUCACUCAACCGUAUAUCGUUACCUGGUUCUGCCCACAAACGGCUCGCUUUACGACUGCUUCUCAGUGAAUGUAAGCGCAACUGCUGAUGCCAGGACGAAAUGGCUCGAUUGUAUAACGGGUAUAAUGCCUCGUAACGACGCCUGCUCGUAAGUACUGUUUGCGACACACUUGUCUGAAGUCCCGGGAGGCUCCGCAAGUGUCGGCAACUGGCUGUGUCGCCUACGAAAAAGGUCGAUUUCAGUGGGAGGCUGGUAUGCAGGCACGGUGGCAAAGUGCUCGUGUCUGCCGCAUUCCUGUUGCAUCCUACUCUUUCUGGAUGGGGGUGUCCCGAAUUGCCACCGUUAAGAAGCCACCGUUUAGGAUCCCAUAUGCUCAAAAUCCCAAACGGGGCUAGCGUAGCGUUGCGUGCGUGCCAAACUGUUGGGAGCCCUCCCAACGGCGUGGUGAACUGUAAAAGAACACCUAAACUAACCUAACCUAUGAAAACUAACCUAACCUAACCUAACCUAACCAAAGUCUAAUAAUUUUUGCUGCUCUGAUGUGACCGCCAUGCUAAGCCUAACGGUCGCCAAAAACCUGGUUUUUAUUCACUACACUGACUUCCAUACUGACGUCAAAAUCACGCAAUACUGCGACGUUUAUCAGUAAUAUGUAUUAUUCAACACUAUCAUCCCGCCAUUCUUCAUAUUAAAGCUUUAAUUUAGAAAUCUGGGAUUUUGAACAUCUGGGAUUUUAAACGGUGGAUUCUUCACGGUGGAACAUUGUGGCAUCCCCUUCUGUAUAGGCGACGCAUCUAGCGGGCCGCGCUGGCGGCGCGACUGACUAGAGGUCUCAGUCGAGUGAGUCGGAAGGAUCAAAGAUGGAAUGUUUUCAUCAAUGGAAAAGACACGAUGCAAACGGGACUGUUUGGGCAAGUCCUGCUAUUGGAACCAGUGCUUGUUGCUGUUCGUUGUGGCGCAACAAUAUGAUGUGUCGUCCAACACAUGCCACUGGUGCCGUAUGUCAUAUUGUUUAUCUACUUAAGAGCAAAUAGCCCAGCUGCACGCACAAACAAUGUUAAUUAUUUUUGGAAAAUAUGUGUACAUUAUUGUAAAUAGAGUGGGAAAUUAUGUAAUAUAUAUUUAUGGAGUGAUUCGUAUGCCCUCGUACCAUUCUUUUCACGUGUGUUCGCAAGCGACUUUCGGAUGUGUUGAAGUAGCGGUUCACUAAGCUUACUGAUAUGCAGUUGUAUACAGAUAAGCGCGAAGUAUAUCUUAGCGAAAGAAACUUAAUGUGAUACAGAGCACUGAAGUUGCUGGUUAUCUUUGUAUUUCAAAGAAGCAGGGAAGCUGCAAUACCUAAGGUGUGCUGUAUAGCGGAGUAAUUUGAAAUUAUAGCUCACAUCUCACGUAUCUCGAUUAGGAGCAGCUACCCUGCGCUCCUAUUGCGUAGUCAUCUCCACACCGUCACAAAGAACCGUCCGUCCGUUACACGCGUCAGCUUCAGUCUGAUGGAGCAUGAGGAAGACGCAUGAUCUUCACGCCCCAUAAAGAAUAUGUCAAAUAAUAAUUACAUAUAUCUGUAGCCUGCGCAGAGCUCCUCUUCUCACGUUCCAAACAUCUGAAUGUAUUUCUACGAUGAUUACAACCGCCAAUGGGGAAGAUACCAAAGACAUGUGCUGGAACGGGAGCAUAUAGAUAUCUUACAGAGAGAAACCGUACUCUUAUGAGUGGUAUGUGUGCGCAGCUGUCCCUGAAGUCGGUUCAGGACGCGUACUGACACCCUCUCCAAUAAAUAAAGAAACGCCAAUAGACCUCGCCCUGCAUGUAUGUAAACAAAUGACGUCACAGUGUUCGACAUAGCGCCACCAAUUUGGUAGAGUGGAACUACGCUCGAAGCUAGGAGCGGACAAGGUCGCGCCCGAAAGCCUCGGCCCUGAGGGGAUCACGAUGGUCCCUGAAAGGAACGCGACCUUCGGUCCCACUUUCCUUUCAAUAGGAGGCAGCGAGCAAGUGCCCAUUCGUGGAACCCAGCCCUCCCUUUCCGGUUUCGUUGUCUCUCUGUCUGCCAACGUCAUGAUGACGUUUCUCGGGUAGAGGUCUAUUGGUCGAUCCGCAAUAACGGUCAACAACCACGGUCCCGCACUGCAAGGCAGGCACGUGAGUCUUAUGAACAUAUUUCAUCCAACAUGCUUAAGAGACGAAUAAAUUAUGAUGAACUAUU